AUGGCGUUCCAGCUCUUCGGCUUCAACGGUCAAGUGCAGCUGGGUCCUCUCAACGGGCCCAAUGAGCCUGUGCAGCCCGAUCCACUUUUGAACCCUAACGUCAUCGACGUUUUCGAUGAUAUCGACGAUUCCGACUCAGACGACGAACACGAGAUCGACAAUGUCCACCAACCCGGACCUCCGAACUGGCGCGAAACAGAGCUGGAGCCUUUCAGGAGCAAUUUCUACCGUGAGCACUUCAGGACAGCGUGGCGUUCCACCAAGGAGGUGAAGGAAUAUCGCGAGAGGAACCACAUCACGAUUGUGAAGGGGCACGGUGCUCAAAAGCCGCUGAUUCACCUUUACGAAACCAACUUCCCCGCAUGCCUGGUCGAGGCCCUGGAGGCGAACAACAUCACCUCCUCUCCCACACCCGCCCAAGCCCAGUGCUGGCCCGUAGCGCUCAAGGGCAGAGACUUGCUCGCCGUUCUUAGACGUCGAACCGAAGACAAGACCCUGGCUUACAUCCUCCCGGCCAUCGUUCACGUUCUGCACCAGCCGCCCCUAAAGCCGCACCAAGGUUUCCUGGCCCUCGUACUUGCUCCAACACCCGAAGAUGCCCGCAGGAUUCAGCGAAUGGUCGGCGAUCUCGAAACUCACUCUCGCGUCCGCGCCACGUGUGUCUGUUCCGGCGCAUCGAAGGACCGGCAACUGAGGGAUCUGAGUCGCGGAUUCGAGAUCUGCGUCGCGACACCCGGUCGCCUGCACACAUUCCUCAAAGAGGGCAAGUUGGACGCCGGCCGGUGCACAUACCUCGUGCUGGACGAAGCGGACCGUAUGGUCGACAUGGGGUUCGAGCAGCAGCUGAUCGACAUCGCCAAUGUCGGAGAAAUUCAGGCCUUGACAGACAGAAGCGUCGAGCACGUGGUCUACGUCACUGCUGAGUCUGAGAAAGAGGCCAGACUGGUGGCACUUCUGGAGGACAUUCUUUGCGGGAAAGAUGAAGUAACAGCCACAAAGGUCAUUGUGUUUGCCGAAACGAAGAAGCGGGUUGACGACCUGGUAACCAACCUUCGGCGCCGUGACUGGCCCGUCGUCGGCCUCCACGGGGGGACUACGGAGCGAGCGCGAGAUUGGGCGCUGGCAGCUUUCGGCGAAGGUAAGACGCCCAUCCUGGUGGCGACCGAUGUGGCCACGCGGCAACUGCCCUCAGACGGCGUGCGCUACGUGGUGAAUUACGAUUACCCGAGUAGCGCCGAGUCGUACUUAACGAAUCAGUCACACGUCGCACCCAACAGCCGCCGUGGUGCCGGCGGCGGCACUCCCCCAGCUUCAGCCGAUCCUCCUCGCCCGAGCCGUAUCCUCAGCAUCACCACACCGCCGAGUUCUUCGGGCGGCGUCUGCUCCAGAACUCAAGCGGCGGCAGCCAACAGGUUACGCGUGGACGACCGCUGGCGAGCAGCGGGAGCAAGCGAGCGGGUCGGCGAGAGACGACGUGCCGGUGACUGGCUGCUCUGUUCUUCGUCCGUGCGUGCCAUCGGUUCUCUCCAGGGGGGCGUGCGCUCGUCUUCUAGGGGAGAAUACCUGCGCGGCGUUGGCAAAACGCUGCUUCCUACACGCCGAUUUACUGCUGCCACCAUCGAGUCAUCCCGUCGCUAA